AUGCAGUGGUGUAGUGGACAUGCUUAUGUUAGUUUACAAUUUUCAUCAAUGCAACUUUGCAGUAAGGUAAUUGAUUCAAGCAACGCUGACGUAGCCGUGAAUCAGUAUCAUGUUUACCCUGGAGAUAUACAGCUUAUGAAAGACCUGGGAAUGGAUGCCUACAGAUUUUCAAUUGCUUGGUCCAGGAUUUACCCUAAUGGUACCGGGAAAAUCAAUCAAGCAGGAAUUAAACAUUACAAUAAUCUCAUCAAUGCUUUACUAGCCAACGGCAUAGAACCCUAUGUGACUAUCUACCAUUGGGACCUGCCUCAAAGUUUGGAAGACAGAUACACCGGAUGGCUUAAUCCGCAAAGCAUAAAAGACUAUGCAGUAUAUGCCGAAACAUGCUUCAAGGAAUUUGGUGACAGAGUAAAGCAUUGGAUUACAUUCAACGAGCCUCAUACUUUUGCUGUACAAGGCUAUGAUAUUGGGCUUGAAGCACCGGGGCGUUGUUCCAUUCUUCUUCACUCAUUUUGCAGGGCUGGAAAUUCAGCAACUGAGCCUUAUAUCGUAGGCCACAACGUGCUUCUUUCACACUCUGCGGCAGUGGACAUUUAUAAGAAAAAGUACCAGCCAAAGCAACGUGGAUCAAUUGGAAUAUCACUCGAUUCCUUCUGGUAUGAGUCGAAAACAAACUCCUCAGAGGAUAUAGAAGCCACUCAAAGAGCAAUAGAUUGGAACUUGGGCUGGUUUUUGGAGCCUCUAAUUCUCGGGGACUAUCCAAACUCGAUGAAAACAAGAGUGGGAAGCCGAUUACCUAGAUUUACGCAGGCCGAAUCCUCCAAGUUAAAGGGCUCCUUUAAUUUCAUUGGCAUAAAUCACUACACAACGUGGUAUGCUAAUGUGAACUAUACCAACAUAAUCGGUGUUGUGCUGAAUGAUUCCCUUGCAGACGCUGGUGCUUUUAUUCUCCCGUUCAAAGACGGAAAGCCUAUAGCCGACAGGGCAAAUUCCAUAUGGUUGUACAUUGUACCUCACGGUAUAAGAAGCUUAAUGAAUUACAUCAAGGAAAAGUAUGGAAACCCUCUUGUUAUAAUCACUGAAAACGGAAUGGAUGAUGGAAAUAGUCCACUUGUUUCCAUUAAGGAUGCUCUUAAGGACACGAAGAGGAUCAAAUACCAUAAUGAUUAUCUCACGAACUUGUUGGCUGCAAUUGUAGAAGAUGGUUGCAAUGUGAAAGGAUAUUUUGCAUGGUCCCUUUUGGAUAAUUGGGAAUGGGGAGCUGGAUUUAGCUCCAGAUUUGGUCUAUACUAUGUGGAUUAUAACGACAAGCUCAAGAGAUAUGCAAAGGAUUCUAUUGAAUUUGUUAAUUUGCUUGGAGCCUUUCUGAAACCUAGGGUUUUGAUUUCGAAAAUUUAUCUUAAGCUUUAUCAGAUCUGUAAAUUGACUUGGGGUUUAGUAGGAAAGAUGGGAGCCAAGCGGCCGUUUCAAGAGGACAACUUUCCGGAGCUUUCUUUCAAGCAAGCUAAACAGCUUGGUUCUAAUAAAAAUUUAAAAUCAUAUGUUGAGGAUUUUCCUUUUCAUAUAACUUCUCCAAAAUCUGAUUUUAUAGGUGAAGCUGAGAGCAACUUUUUUAAAUACCAAUUUGAUGAGAGAAACAGAAAUGCUGACAUCUAUAAUUACUGUGAUAUGGCUCACGAAGAGUUCGAGAUGGACAAGGAGUCUGAGAUGAGUGUACCCUUAUCAUGGGUAGCAAACAGCAGUAUUGACAAAGAUUCUGCUUUCGAGGACAAGUUUUGCUGGUCUCAUUUUCAAGGGCAUUUCGACUUUAGUGUUCCAAGACGACUCCAAGUUCAGUACGAGGAUCCAUAUUCAUUUUUGUUGAAUUGUUCUCCGAGGAAAAAAGUUCCUAUUGGACCAGAUCAUCAGGCUGAAGUUCCACCAUGGGAUCCGAAUGCUGCCAGGAAAGACACUUUAAGUCCCAACUAUGUUGAAAAUGAAAAUGAAGAAAAACUGAUGGGAACUUGUAUUGUCCCAAUGCCUGAUUUAAAGGUUGAUGAGGUCAAAGAAGUACAUCGUCAAGCAGACUGUAGCUGCCUGGACGUGGGCUCCAUACAAUGUGUACAACAACACAUAAAGGAAGCACGAGAAAAGUUGAGAGAUACAAUUGGAGAUGAGAAUUUUGCGAAGUUGGGAUUUUUCUACAUGGGAGAGGAGGUGGCAUCCAACUGGACUGAAGAAGAUGAACAAAUUUUUCAUCAGGUCAUUUAUUCUAAUCCAGUGUCGCUCGGUAAAAAAUUUUGGAAUCACCUUUUUGAAGUGUUCCCUACCCGAACAAAGAAGGAAAUAGUUGGCUAUUAUUUCAAUGUCUUCAUGCUCCAGAGACGGGCUUUACAAAACAGAUCUGAUCUGUUGGCAAUAGAUAGUGAUGAUGAUGAACAAUGGCACGGCACUGAUGGAGGAUUCUAUCAUGCUGGAGAAGAAGAUGAAGACUCUAUAGGCGAAUCUUUUAGUGAUGAAGAUGUUCACAUGGGCAAUAGGGAUGAGUCUCCCUUCGAAAAUGUAAGCAGGCACGAGGAGGGUGAUGGUAAUGCCAUUUUCGUUGAGAACGGGGAAUUUGGAGAUGCUACAGAGUUGGAUAGUAAAAGGGUUCAAAUGCCCUGA